AUGACGAUUAUGAUGAUUGCCGAAAGUGAUGAUUGGCGAGAGAUGCGGCGGGUGCGAUUGAAGCAUGAAUUCAGAGAGAUUGAAGAAGUGAAGGAUGAAGAUUCAAGAGCGAAUCAUUCUGAGUUUGUUACAGCUUUAUCCCCAUUAGACGGCCGUUACAGGGAAAAAGUUAAAGACUUGGCUCCUAUCAUGGGUGAAUAUGGACUCAAUUACUAUAGGGUCAUUUUUGAGAUUAAAUGGCUGAUGAAGCUUUCUGAGAUUAGUGAAAUUUCAGAAGUACCUCCUUUUAGUGAAGAUGCUAAGUAUUUCUUACAAGGUUUGAUUGACGACUUUGGUGAAGCUUAUGUUAACGAGAUUAAAAGAUUUGAGAAGAUUACAAAUCACGAUGUUAAAGCUGUAGAGUAUUUCUUGAAACAGAAGUGCCAGUCAAAUGCUGAAAUUCCUAAGGUGCUUGAAUUUUUUCACUUUGCAUGCACAUCUGAGGAUAUAAAUAACCUUGCUCAUGCCUUGAUAUUGAAAGAAGCGAUGAAUUCUGUUAUCUUUCCUGCCAUGGAUAAAAUAAUCAAAGCUUUGUGUACAAUGGCCAAAAAUGCUCAUAUCUCAAUGCUUUCUCGCACUCAUGGACAGCCAGCUUCACUGACUACUUUAGGGAAGGAAAUGGCGAUAUUUGUUGUGAGGCUAAGUAGAGAAAGGAAGGAACUGUCUCAAGUUGCGAUUUUGGGGAAAUUUCUUAGGGAGCAAAUCAAACCUGAUACCUCAUCGGACUCUAGUCAGUUUGACAUUAGAGAAGAGGAUCAAAACUAUAAUUACUACCAUUAA